UUAGGAGUGCCACCUGGCGGACGUUAGAGGGCGCCACCACACACACAACAAAACCACGAUGAUUAGAUUGAAAUUUUUGGUCUACUGAUCUUACUGUUCCAAUUAAACUAAAAUUGCUUCUUAUUUUGACGUUAUGUCUUAAAAUUUGAAAUGGCAGAAGAACAGCCGCCAGAGAAAACUCUCCCACGAGGACUGAUCAACAGAGCUGGAACCCCUACAGGAAGAGGUGCCAGGUUACCUUCACUGCGCACACCGAGGGACCUAACCCUAGGAGGUAUUCCAAAGAAGACCUUUGCACCGAAUAUCUCUUCAAGACGAGAAAAGAAAGAAGCUGGAGAUGGACCAAGUCCAAGCACAAGCAAGAGUAGUGAACGCAAGCAAUCGAGAGGACGAGGGGAGAGGGGCAGGGGAAGAGGACGUGGCAAGCCUGAAGUCAUCCAGUCCGGUGGAAUAUUUUCUCAGGGUCCAGCCGACAGGUUGAACAAGACUAGAGGGUCGUGGGGAACGUCGGCCGAGUCGGAUCACAUCCCGAAGCCGGUGAUCAAGCGUGAGGCGACGGCGAAGGCUCGCACCGUCGACGACAAGCGCAUCCUCGACCUGCUCAGAGACGACUUUAUCGACGAUGUGGGCAGCAACGAGGAAGGUCUGAACCCGGUUCAGCUGCCGCUGACGACCGCUUCGGCCGUGAAGGAGGAGGUGAGGGUCGUGCCGCCAGCACACAAGAUGAUCCUGGAGGUCGAAGGGGUCAAAGUUAAGUCGGAACCCCAGAGCCCGGAACGCGUCCCCCUCAAGCCGGAUCUAGGGAAGAAGGCUUUCCGGAAUGUUCCCGCCCCGGAGACCACCUGCCAGGACAUAUUCGACGGCGUGGCGAAGCUAGGAGAUGCGCAGCUUCUCUUCCUGCAGCUACCCGACCUUCUCCCCGGCCUGCCCUCGGGGAGGGACGACGCCGUCACCGGAAAGGACGCCGGCGGCAGCCAGGGGGCGCCGGCGCAGGAGUCGCUGGGAGGCUGUCGCCUUGACGACGUCUCGGAGGGCUACAUCGGGAAGCUCCUCGUGCGGAAGUCCGGCCGGACGCAGAUCGUGCUCGGCAACGUGACGAUGAACGUCGAGAUGGGCGCCAACUGCGGCUUCUUGCAGGUUGGUUUCGAUCAACACGACCGACAAGCCGGGAGACAUCGCCAUCCUAGGCCACGUCCGCCACCGCCUAGUCUGCAGCCCCGACUUCGACUCCCUGCUAGCGUCAUAGCGCCGGCGCGGCAGUCUAAAGGCGUGCCCACCAGCGAUCCACCCGGAGGGAGGGAAGUGGGAGAGGCUCCGCCGGUCCAGAGGAAGAAAAGGAAGCCUCUACUGGUCUGGAGGGAGAAGGAACGUGGGGGAACCCCCAUUUAGCUAGUAGGGAGAAGGAACAUGGGAGAAGCCCCAGCCAGUCUGGAGGAGGUUGGACAGUGGUAGAGGUUUUGCCACUUCCUGGUAGAGAGAGAGAUACACCGCUUUCGCUGGCAAAAGUGAGAAUUUCAGUGAGUGAAAAUGGCAAACGAAUUUACAGAGCGGCAUGUGAGUGAUGGAGAGAUGAGCUGUCUGAACAGUAGGCAGUUAGCUAUCUGGGUAAGAAGCAGAGAAACAUCAGUAAUCUAGCAACUGCCUCGAAGCUUCAGCAUGAUAUGUGCUGCCACCUGUGGGAGGAAAUUGCAAGUAGAUUCACGUGUAAUAUCUACACUGCACGGUAAUCAUCGGUAGUGAAACACAUAACUUCAAGUCUGCGAACGAUGUUAUACGACUUCCACAAGUGACAAUAAAACACGUAUUUGAAUAGAAAA